UGCGCUGCGUAGUUGUAUACCACGGGGCAGGCUUGCGUUUGAUACACGGAUGCUAAAUUGAUGACGUGGUGCCGUUCACUCAGCGGACGAGAGAGGAUGGCCGACCAGAGUAGGCAAGUCAAACUGGCUGCAGCAAAGAAAAAGCUGAAGGAGUUUCAGCAGAAGAGUGCCUCGCCUGCCAGCACUGUGGGGCCCAAGAAGAAACGGAGGGUGAAGACUGGGAACCAGCUGGACACGUCCACUCCUGACAGACACUCUCCAGACAACAUUGACAGUAUUCUCAAAGUUAUGAGUAUCACUAAUGGCGUAGCUCUGCCUCCCUUUGUCAACAGUCAGGCCCCAGCUGAGACGGAGGCCCAGGACUCCCCUGUGGCCCAGCUGCAGGAGGAGGCCAGUGGGGAGGCUGGCCGUGGCUCUCCCGUGUCUAACCCAGCUAGCACUAUUAACCCUGAGUGUGUCAGCGACACUGCUGCCCUGCAGAACUGUACCCAGGAUGCCAACUGCCAUGAAAACUCUACAGAGGACAACAGGCCGUUGUCGUCUACAGAAAGCCUCCGGCAGCUCUCCCAGCAGCUCAAUGGCCUACUCUCUGAGUCAUCCACGUAUGUUAAUGGAGACGGAGCCCCUUCACCAGUCAACGAGAAAGAACUGGAGGCUAGGAACCAGGAUCUGUCAGCUGCCCUGGACUCCAGCAACAUAACAAACUCUCAGCUCAGUUCCCAGCUACAGCAGCUGACACAGCAGUCCCAAGAGCUCAGUGACCAGCUACAAAAGGAGCGUAAAGAGUUUGAGCAGAAGUUUGGGAAGGAGCAGGGCGCCAUGAGGGAACAGCUGCAGGUACACAUCCAGACCAUUGGCAUCCUGGUGUCAGAGAAGACAGAGCUGCAGACUGCCCUCUCCUACACACAACAGGCUGCUCGGCAGAAAGCAGCGGACGCGGAGGAGCUCAAUAAUCGGUUGCAGGCCAGCAAGCAGAGAGUGUCUGAACUGGAGAGAACCCUAUCAACCGUCUCCACCCAGCAGAAGCACCAUGACAAGCAUAACAAAGAGCUGGAGAAGGAGAGGGACAGUCUAAGGCUGGAGGUGUUCAGACUAAAUAACUCUAAUGAGGAAGCUCGGCAGCAGGGUUCUGAGUUGGGUGAACAGCUACGUCAGCGUGUCAGUGAGAACAGCAGCUUGACACUGGAGCUCGAUGACAUGCGCAAACGCCUGGAGAUGGCCGACAGCAUGCUGCAACAGUUCUCCAGCCAGUCUGGCCCUCCCUCUGAUAACCAGCAGCUCCAACUGCUCCUGGAGGAAAAACACCAUCUGGAGGUCCAUGCUGCCCAGAUGAAUGAGUCAGUGGUUCAGCUGCAGACAGAGAGAGACCAGUAUGCCCUACAGUACCAGGAGGAGGGAAAAGUCUGGAAGGAGAAGACAGAACAGCUUCUGUCUCAGGUGACGUUGCUGUCAGAGGAGAGGGACAGGAGCAGCACACAGAUCCAGGAGCUUGAAGCCCAAGUCUCUGAGCUAAUGAGUGCAGCAGCAUUGUUGCAUGAGCAGCAGCAGCAGCAGCACCUUGUGGCCCCGGCCCCUUCAGGCCCCUCAGAGGCAGAGCAGGCUCUACAGGAGGCCCUGUACACAGCCCAGCAGGAGAGAGAUGCCCUCAGCCUACAGUAUCAGGCACAGGUGCGAGACAACGGGCAGCUGUCCCGGCUGUGCCAGGAGCAGGAGACUCGCCUGGAGGAGUUGGAGAGGGAGACGCAGCAGGCGGCUGAGGAGGUGCAAGACCGGCGCCAGAUCCUGGAGCACGCCCAGAGUGACAAGGCCACCAUCAGCCGCGCCCUCGCCCAGAACCGAGAGCUCAAGGACCAGCUCGCCGAGAUGCAGAACGGCUUCGUCAAGCUGACCAAUGAGAACAUGGAGCUGACCAGCGGCCUCCAAUCGGAACAGUAUGUGAAGAAGGAGCUGGCCCGACGGCUGGGUGAGCUGCAAGAAGGCCUGCACAAUGCCAAAGAACAGCUGCAGGAGCGGAGCGUGGAGGUGGCGUCGGCGGUGGAGCAGCGGGACCAGUACGCGGCGCACCUGCAGCAGUACUCCAGCGGCUACCAGCAGCUGGUGGCGGAGCGCGAGGAGCUGCACAAGCGUGUGCUUCAGCAGGCGCAGCUCAUGGACCGGCUGCAGCACGACGAGGUGCAGGGAAAAGUGCAGGUGGAGCAGAGCCACCUGCAGCUGCAGCAGGCAGAGGAGAAGCUGAACCAGCUGGCCAGAGACAACGAGGAGCUGAGGUCGGAGAUGCAGGAUCUGCUCAACAGCUCAGUAUUGGCCUCCACCUCCAGAGACCAGGGCGAUGGGCUGGAGAGUCAGUCCAUACCAGAGGGUGUGGAGAAGUCCGUCAUCGCCAUCCCAGAGGACUUUGAGAGCAGGGAAGAAAUGGAGGAGUUCAUGCAGUUGGUGCUAUCUCGUCUGGAGGGUGAGCGCGAUGAGCUGAGGAGGCAGCUGGAAUUGGAGAGGAGACUGCACCAGAACGCCCUCCAGCAGAUGGCAGUGUUGAGCCAACAGCAGCAGCAACAGCAGGAGGACAGCUCCAGUCCCAGCGUUUCCAUUCAAAACAUUGGGGAUUCGGGUGGCGUGCCCGUGGAGGUGCAUGAGGCCUUGCGGGUUGCCAUGGAGAAGCUUCAGGAUCGUUUCACGAGCUUAAUGCAGGAGAAGGCCGACCUGAAGGAGAGGACAGAGGAGCUUGAGCACCGCUGCAUACAACUUUCAGGAGAGACCGAUACUAUUGGGGAGUACAUUGCUCUGUACCAGAACCAAAGAGCCAUCAUGAAGCAGAGGCACUUCGAGAAGGAACAGUACAUCAGCAUGCUGGCCCAAGACAAGGAGGAGAUGAAGGCGAAGCUGGCGGAGCUGCAGGAUCUGGUGAUGCGGUUGGUGGGGGAGAGGAACGAGUGGUACACCCGCUACAUCAGUGCCGUCGGCAACCCGCACAACAGCGCCACCGAGGGGUCAGACAUGGAGGAGCAGCCCGCUCAGAAACGCAUGGAGCUCAACGCUGUAGACGGGCCAGAGUCUAUGGACAUGAGCGUGGCGGUGGACCUGGACCUGGACCCGCCGGCACAACCCAGCGAGGAGCCCCAGCCGCAGCAGAGCGCGGACGGCCAGGGCGACAGCGCCACCCUCAGGCCCAAAGAGGAUGGUACGGCCCGGCAGAUCAUGCAGCUGCUGCAGGAGAUCCAGAACCCACAGGCCAGGGCCGCUCCAUUCCUGGGCGAGAACCCCUGCAUCCCCUUCUUCUACAGGCCGGACGAGCACGACGAGGUCAAGAUCCUGGUGGUCUGAGAGAGAUGGCAUAACUAAAGCCAUCCCGUGUUACUCUGACUGUAGCCCUCUCUUUCUUUCUUUCUUUCUCUCUCUCUCUCUCAGUCCUCAUCUCCAGGAGUUGUGUGUGGAGUCAAGUGUCCGUUCUUUAUCAUUAUUUAUAAAUGGACUCCGGAGUGCAGAGGCACAGGAGUUGUGUGAGGGUGAAUGGGCAUUCAUCUUUACUUCUGCUUCUGCUUAUUCCUUUGCUUUUCUUGGGUUCCGUUCCCUUAAGCCACAGCUCUGUACCACAGUGCUUGAGCGAGGAACGUCAUAGCACAUCACUAGUUGUGAAAAGGAAAAGGUCUAUCUAUCAGGAACGUAAGCAGAGGUUUAUCAGGACAGAGGUUAUUCUACAUCAGUACACAUUACUUUACUUUAUUUUCUUUUUCUGUUUUAUUUAAUUUUCUUCCAAGGCCUCUUAGAGCCUCCCCUUUGACUAAGGAGUGCAAUAAAGCGUCCAAUAUCUGCUACUUUAUAGCCCAGUUUCUCCCUCUCUCGUCCGCUCUCUCUCUCUCUCUCUCUCUCUCUCUCUCUCUCUGAGAAACUGGAUUUGAUGGGCUGCUGUCUGUGGGUAUGUCGCCCACAGGCAAGUGCUCUGUUGUUAUUGUUGAACAGUUGAAUAGAUGUCAUUAACUCUUUCUGGCUGUUGUAAAGCCGGCAUGCCAAAAAACAAACGAGUGAACAAAAAGAGUGAGACCGAAGGCAUGUGAUUGAAUGUUAAAAACACCGCUUCCAUCCCUCAGUUUUGUGUGUGUGUGUAUGUAUGCUGUAAUCAGGAGUGUAGUGGGCUUUUCUGGCACAAGAGAAUGAUGAAGGCGCCUUGUGAUUGGCCAGAUGCUUAGCGCACUCUGAACCAAAUCAAAAUGGCGGCGUGGACGGACCGUUGGGUGAAGAGGCAGGUUGGAUAGACUGUGUUGUUGUAAACACAGAGAAAGGAUGGAAUUCUGAAUCCACACUGAAGGACUAGAGUAGGGACUCACGUGUCCUUUGGUGUAGGGCAGCAUGGUAAUGUGAGGGAUGUACUGGCCUAAUUAGAUAUGGUAGGAGCUUAGGCUGUAGUGAUGAUAUGGGUAUGAGACACUAGUGCUUUUGAGAGAACACAGUGCUAAGCUUAGAUUUAUGGUAUUCCUUCUGUGUGUGAUGGAAGUGUGUGUUCUGCGGAGUUUAUCCCCAUCCCCCCACCCCUCAUAUAUACCCAGAUAAAAACACUGAGAACUGGACACAAGGUCUGUAUGUGAUGGGUGUGUGUAAUAAUGCUAUUUAUAAAUGAGCUGGUUCAUAGCCAUCCUGCGCUGUAGUCGUUUUUUACUUCCCUCAGUGUCAGAUAACCAGCAGACUUCGGAGCAGAUAUUGGCAGGGUGCUGCUUACUCUAUUUUCUCUGCAGAGUAGUCUGACCAUUGGGGGUAGCAGAUUGAAGAUGGCUCAAGAACAAAGAUGAGGCAUACAGCUGCAUCAUGGGAAACGUAGUCUUUCCUCUGCCUCUGGGUAGCUCUAUCAUUUGACUCUAACCCACUGACCUCUGGCAAAGACACUUUAAAGUACACCACAGUCAGACACCUCCAAGCUGCAAAUGAAAGGGCUUACUGAACGAGAUCAGAGUCUGUGAUGUCACUCAAGAAUUCAGACAGGUCCAGUCGGUAGCGCUGCAGGACUAUCACAGUGGGUGGGAUAUGCAGAGUGUUGUUUUACUCUAACCUCAGACAAUUCCCAAGGUCUCAUUAACAGUGUGCCCUCUGUUUUCCUCCAACAUUAGAAGAAUUUGACCUUUGACCUUUUUGCCUGUUUUGGUUGUUUUUGUUUUCCACAGGGUGGGGUUUUUUAUUUUUUAUUUUGCUUCAUAUUCCUGUCUAAGAGCUCAAUGAGGCUGUCUGCAUUCCGGCAUGUUCCGGCUGAGGGUCAGACAGGUGAAAGGAAACUCUGAGAGGGGCGCUGACAAGGCAUUUUUAUAUGCGUGUGAGUGUGUGAGAGAGAAUCAGGCUAAGGUGUAAAUAUUAAAGGAAGCAUGAGGUGUAUGUGUAUGUGUGUAGCUGAUUCCAGUCACAUAAAGAGGACAGAAAGAGUUUAUUCCCAGUCAUCACAGAAGCCCCAUGUUUUGAACACAAGCAUCACUCACAGGUGUUAGCACUUGACUUCAGAUGCCCCCUCACCUAUUUUGUGUGUGUGUGUGUGCGUGUGUAUGUGGUCACUGAACGGUUGGAUAUGUGAGCAGGGCUUGCCUUGCUAGCAGCUCAAGAGUUAUGUUUUGCGUCUGUGUCAUGGUAACUGGAUGGUGUGUCGCACAUGUGAGAAAUGAGCAGACGUGUGUGUGUGUGUGUGUGUGUGUGUGUGUUUGUGUGUGUGUGAGAGAGAGUGAGCAAGAGACUUCAGGUGUGUGUACAGUAUGUCUUGACAUCACUGUAACCCGGCUUGUAGUUUACAUGUUACAAGCCAGGCUGGGUCUACCCUGAAACGAGCACUUUGGUUUAGUAGUAGUUUAGUCCUUUAGGGUCUUUUAUUUUCUGGCAAGGGGGUCAUUUGCUGUUCCAAGAGAAAGCUAUGUUUAAUUCUUCUAUUCACAGAUUGAUUGUUUCCCCACAUAUUGUGUGUUCUCUGUGAACUUUUUGUCAACAGAAGAUUUAGGCUGUUGGCAGCCUUGCUGUUGUCUCAGCUGUAAAAGACAUGUAUAUACUGUAACUCUGUAACAUAUUGUAUAUUCAUUCAGAUUGGCGUGAGUGAGCGAAUGAUAAGCCUAGUGCCCCCUGGUGGUCUCUUUGGGCUCAGUUGCCUGGGUGCAUAGAGGUGGUAGUGGUAUCAGAGUUUACUGGAUCGCUGGGAGCCAGUGAGCGGUCAAGGAUCAGCAAACCUGUGCUAGAUUAGCAGUCCUCUUUCUCAGAGGAAGAUCUGAAAAUGGCCAUUUUGUGAGUUGUUAUACUCUUGUUAAUAUCCAAGUCAACAUCAAACAAAUUCCAUCACAGACUAGUAAUGACCUGACUUAUUGUACAGAGUUCAGCGAAUCUGUGAGCCACCAUUUGCCACCGUUUAAAAUCCUGGCUCUUGAGCCCAUUGGCCGGGGGGUUGCUAGGGGAGUCUUGGUAUAUGUAGGUAGGCAGGGGUGCGGUGUGUGAUUUAAUAAGAAAAAAGGUUAACUAAAUGAAAUAUUCUAUUUAUUUGGAAUAGGUAUCUGAACUAAUCAGUUGCAAUGCAUUGUAGGUUGUUGGAAACACAAUGAAGGAACCAUGAAAAAAUCCAAUUGAAAUGGCUUUCAGCAGUAUAUUUCUGAUGUGAUUUCUUCCUGCUAUGAUUUUUUCCCCUCUGAAAUAAAACUGAAUCAGCAAAGCGA